UAACCGAAAAAAUGAAAUUUUAUUGCUUGUUUUAUUAGAUACAUUUGAGUAAUUUGAAUGCCCGGAUCGAUAUUAUUAUAUUCAUUUGGUUUAUGAUUUUAAUACCAUCAACAUGCUCAAUUUCCUUAAAACAUGGCACACCUAAUAUUUGAAUGGAUCAUAGCAUCCGAAUAAUGGCCAUUAAUUCAUGUUGUAUCCAUAAACCAUAUAAACAAACUAAAUUUCUGACAAGAUUUUCUGAAAAGCUGCAUCCGAAUUAGCUAGCAGCCAUGGUCAAGCAUUUAAGCAAGAAGACAUUGUUGAUAACAUCCCUAGUGUUGAAUAUCAGUCUGUGCAUGUUUCUGGUUCCGGUUUCAGCUAGGCUUCAAAGGUUACAUCACCAAUUAAACACCAAUGGUUCACUCAACUUUUUGGUCAUUGGUGAUUGGGGCCGGAAAGGGUGGUACAAUCAAUCUCAAGUUGCUGUUCAGAUGGGAAUCAUUGCAGACAGACUAGAUAUAGAUUUUGUAGUUUCCACCGGAGAUAAUUUUUACGAUGAUGGAUUAACCGGCGUAGAUGAUCCAGCCUUCGACGAGUCAUUCAAAUACAUAUAUGCUGCUCCUAGCCUUCAAAAACAAUGGUAUACUGUUUUGGGGAAUCAUGAUUACCGUGGGGAUGUAGAGGCACAAUUGGACCCAAUGCUUAGAAAAAGAGACAGCAGAUGGCGUUGUUUAAGAUCUUUCAUCGUACACACAGAUAUUGCCGAAUUGUUUUUCGUGGACACGACUCCUUUUGUUGAUAUGUACUUUAAUGACCCUAAAGAUCAUAAGUAUGAUUGGAGAGGCAUACGUCCUCGAGAGGUUUACCUUACCAAUCUAUUAAAGGAUUUGAGAUCGGCAUUAAGCAAGUCGAAGGCUAAGUGGAAGAUCGUGGUUGGACAUCAUGGUAUUCGGACCACAGGUCAUCAUUGUGAUACUCCCGAGCUUGUGACACAUCUCCUACCACUUCUAGAGGAAUAUGAGGUUGAUUUUUAUAUGAACGGUCAUGAUCAUUGCCUAGAACACAUGUCCUGUCAAGAUAGUAAAAUACGAUUCUUAACGAGUGGGGCUGGAUCAAAGGCCUGGCUGGAGGCGAACAAGCCAUAUGACAAAUGCGGUGUUAAGUUCUUCCACCAUGGACAAGGAUUCAUGUCGAUGAAGUUAACAAAAAAAAGUGCUAGAUUCGUGUUUUAUGAUGUUUUUGGUAAAGCUUUGCAUCGAUGGAAGACCUCCUUGAAAAAGCUCCAUACUUCGAUUUAAUUUUUCAAACUACAUUGUGGCCAAACUAAAAUGGGAAAUGUUAUGACAUACGUAUUAACACUGAUAUAAAAAUAACAUAUGGUCACAUUUUUGUCGA